AUGUGCGUUGAUUCUAGAGCCAUCAACAAGAUCACAAUCAAGUAUCGGUUUCCUAUUCCCCGAUUGGAAGACAUGCUUGAUGAACUAAACGGAUCGAAGGUGUUUUCAAAAAUCGACCUUCGAAGUGGGUACCAUCAAAUUCGCAUCAGGCCUGGAGAUGAAUGGAAGACUGCUUUUAAGAGCAAAGAUGGAUUGUACGAAUGGUUGGUGAUGCCUUUUGGGUUAUCAAAUGCUCCUAGUACUUUCAUGAGGAUGAUGAACCAGAUUCUCCAUCCUUUCAUUGGAUCCUUUGUGGUAGUUUAUUUCGAUGAUAUUUUGAUCUAUAGCAAAACCAGGGACGACCAUUUGGGGCAUUUACAGCGGGUUUUGCAAGUUCUCCAAGAAAAUCAGCUAUACGUGAACCUAAAGAAGUGUACAUUCUGCACAAACAAGCUACUAUUUCUGGGGUUUGUCGUUGGUGAGGAUGGGAUUCAGGUGGACGAAGCCAAAGUGAGUGCAAUCAAAGAUUGGCAUGUUCCUAAAUCCGUAACUGAGGUACGCAGCUUCCAUGGUCUUGCUACUUUCUGCAGAAGGUUUGUGAGAGACUUCAGUACCAUUACUGCGCCUAUUACUGAGUGUUUGAAGAAGGGAAAGUUUCAAUGGGGUCUGGAACAAGAUGAGAGCUUUGCAUUGAUUAAGGAGAAGCUUUGUACUGCUCCAGUAUUAGCGUUACCGGAUUUUGAUAAAGUGUUUCAGGUGGAGUGUGAUGCAAGUGGCGUGGGCAUAGGGGCUGUACUGUCACAAGAGAAGCGACCUAUAGCUUUCUUUAGUGAAAAGCUAAGUGAAGCACGCCAGAAGUGGAGUACUUAUGAUCAGGAGUUCUAUGCUGUGUUUCGAGCUUUAAGACAAUGGGAGCACUAUCUGGUUCAGCGUGAGUUUAUACUUUUCACGGACCAUCAAGCUCUCAAAUUUCUUCACAGCCAAAAGGUGAUCAAUAAGAUGCAUGCUCGAUGGGUUAAUUUUCUGCAGAAAUUCCCUUUUAUCAUACAACACAAGUCGGGAACUCUUAAUAAGGUAGCAGAUGCUUUAAGUAGAAGGGCUUCCUUAUUAACUACUCUGGCCAAUGAGAUUGUGGGUUUCGAGUUCUUGCGGGAACUGUAUGAAAGCGAUGAGGAAUUCAAGGAGUUGUGGCGCAAGUGUUGUACGAAUCAUCCUUCGGCUGAUUUCCAUGUUCGAGACGGUUAUCUUUUUAAAGGAGAUAGGCUUUGCAUCCCUUGCUCUUCUCUGCAUGAGAAGCUGAUACGAGAAUUACAUGGUGGUGGUCUUAGCGGUCAUUUGGGACGAGAUAAGACAAUCGCAAGUUUAGAGGAAAGGUAUUAUUGGCCGCAUCUUCGGAAGGAUGCUGGAGCUAUUGUCCGGAGGUGUUAUAUAUGUCAAGUUUCCAAGGGUCAAUCUCAGAAUACGGGUCUUUACAUGCCAUUACCCAUUCCUGACGAUAUCUGGCAGGAUCUAUCUAUGGAUUUUGUGUUGGGAUUACCACGGACUCAACGAGGUGUGGAUUCUGUGUUUGUUGUUGUUGACAGGUUCUCCAAGAUGACACACUUCAUUGCUUGUCGGAAGACCGCAGACGCAUCCAACAUAGCAAAAUUAUUCUUUCGAGAAAUUGUGCGUCUCCAUGGUGUUCCUAAAUCAAUAGUUUCAGACAGAGAUACCAAGUUUCUCAGCCAUUUCUGGAUUACAUUAUGGAGGAUGUUUGGAACGAGUUUGAAACGAAGCUCUACGGCUCAUCCACAGAGUGAUGGGCAACCCGAGGUGACAAACAGGACGUUAGGCAAUAUGAUACGGAGUGUUUGUGGUGAUAAACCAAAACAGUGGGAUCUCGCAUUGCCACAAGUGGAAUUCGCAUACAACAUGGCCGUGCAUUCAGCUACAGGAAAGUCACCAUUUUCCUUGGUGUAUACCUCUGUCCCGAAGCAUGUGGUAGAUUUAGUUCCAUUACCGAAAGCUCCUGGAGUUAGUGCGUCAGCUGAGGCAAUGGCUAAAGACAUUUUGGAAACUAAAGAAGCAGUUCGAGCACGAUUGGAAGCAACUGGGCAAAAGAAUAAAAGGGCAGCAGAUAAACGUCGAAGACUCAAGGUUUUCACAGAAGGAGAUGAAGUGAUGGUGUUUCUCAGAAAAGAAAGGUUUCCAGUUGGUACUUAUCGCAAGCUUCAGCCUCGCAAGUAUGGUCCGUUCAAGAUUUUGCAGAAGCUCAAUGACAAUGCUUAUGUGGUGGAUCUUCCAGACGACAUGAACAUCUCCCAUACGUUCAAUGUGGCUGACAUUUAUGAGUAUCAUGCCGAUGGUGUUCUUUAUCCAGAUGAGAACUCGGGGUCGAGUUCUUUGGAAGUGGAGGAGACUGAUGCAAGAGACGGUUACCAAGCUUAA